AUGUUCAAAUAUCUGGUUGAAAUUGGAAAUGGCGUGUUUGGAAUGAAAGAGCAUGUGUUUUUCAGAGACCUAAAGCUAGCUUAUGAUCAAUUCCAAAUUGUCAAGAAAAAAAAUAUUUUAAACGCUGUUCCUACACACAUAGCGGAUAAUAGAGGCAUAGGAGCCUAUUUUUCUAAAGCCAUUUUGGGACUUUUAAAGCUUGGAUCUUUAGAAAAACUAUCUGCUAAGGAUACGUUUUACUGCGAGCUUCCUUAUUUCGAGUAUGAAGAUUGUGUUUGUGAUGCUGAAAAGUUCUUUGAAUUUUCAGACUCAAUUUUGCACUUUUUGAACAACGAAAUCGCUUAUCAGCCAUGCUUUCUAGGCGAAAAGAUUCCUCUGAUUUCAUAUCUGGACUCUUUGACAUUUGGGGCGAUUCAAAAGCUCGAAAUCUUUCAUUCAUCCAAUGUCGAAAAAAUGGACUUUCUCUACACAUUUUUCAUGAAAAUACGGCGUUUAUUGGACUAUGAAAAUGAUCAGCUUAUGUACCAAAAAACCCUCAUCUUAUUUGAAAUUUUCAAAACCUACAAAGAAAUAUACAUCAGACAUCUAAGGACCUGUCUGAAGAACGAUGUCGAUUUUGGGAUUAUCAAUGAUCGUGUUUUUGAAGGGCUAUCGCCUUCUUUUUUCUAUUCGAAUGAAAUCGAUCUUCUGCGAAGAAAAUUACCAGAAUAUGUGGGAUCUAUUUGGUUUUCUCGUAAAGAUGGAGAAAUUACGUCUAAAUUGGUCUCCAUAUUAUUUAAAGGCGGCAAAGAUCUUCCGAAUCCAGAUGAGAUGGGAAAUUUUUUCAAUGUAGAUAUGAUUAAAGAUUUGAUAGGCUAUGCUUCUGACUAUGAUUAUGAUCCAGAACAUCUUGAAAGGAUGGCAUAUAUCUUUACAGUAAUUUCGAACCCUAUUAGCAUUGAAAAUUCCAACAAUACCGUGCUUCCAGAAGCCUUCUUACUUGACCGACAUUAUUACAAUCUUUUACAUAUGCUUUGUAAAGUACCACGUCAUUAUGACGGUGCACAUGUUUUUUCUCCAAUUGCUCCGUUUGGGUUUCAAAUUUCCAUUAAUCAUGAAAUCCGUUUUGAGUUAGAAACAGAUGGUUACGAUAAUGCUGAAGAGAUUGCAUCACUAUUGUGGAAAGGAGAAAGACCGCUCAAGUUGAUGAAUUUGAAGGACAAAUUUUCGUCUAUUUUUUAUUUUUUGAAUUAUCUUCAAGAAGAUCAUGCGUUUAUUUUAUCUGACUUUGGAAUGAAAAUUCUUUACACUUUCAUGCUCAAACCAUCGACAUAUGCUGAUGAUGACACGAAAAAGGCUCUGCCUCCAGUUAUCCAAUAUUUUUUAUCUCGCAAGGAGAAAAUACUGGCAGAGAUUUUUAUAAAUCGCGAUGACAUUGAAAUGUUUAGGCUUUUAGCAACUUGCCAGAUCAUUCUCAAUCGCUUGAUGUUGAUUCAAAAAAGAAACUUCGACAUUGGUGGUCUUGAGCAUGCUUUCGUGGGGAAAUUCCAGCCAAUUUUCGCCUUUAUCAAGCUUAAUACGCUGAUACUUGGGGAAAGGGCUGCCGACUUGCAGAAGAGCCAUGACCUCUAUUUGUCGGUGAUAUCUAAUUUUGAGCUGAUAAAGUCUUUUUUUUUCAAGGAAGAAAUUCAAUAUGUGCUUAGGAUGUAUUAUGACCAUUGGAAAUUUCAAUCCUCUAAAUCAAGAUGCGCAGCAAAAACCACAAAAGGAAUCCAAAAUUUGGUGAAUGGAAAUUUCCUGAUCGAUGGGGAACGCAUACAACAUUCGGGGCUUCCAUUCCCAAGCCACCGUUUAUGGGAGAUGAUGAAUGCCAAAGAAAAACGCGAUUAUAACGUAGAGGUUACGCUACAUAAGCGCCAAUCUGAUGGGUCAAUAUUCUCGAUCCUCAAAUUUAACCACAUGCAUUUCACUCUACAUGAAAAAGAUGCAUUUUUGUUCAAAGAGAAUGAGAUCACAGCGAGGCUUGUUUCUGAGUAUUUAAACCUUUACCAUGAAAAACUGAAUCUCAGAGUUGCAUUCAACAGCAAAAUGGUAGGAUCUAACGAUCCUAUCAUUGCAUUCCAAACUGAUUCUGAUAAUCCGGAUAAGAGUGUGUAUCUUUUUGAUCCAGAAGGAUUCGAGUAUGGGGAGGUUUCUGGUGGAAAUACUUUGGUUUUGAAAAACUCGUCCAAAUUCAUAGGGGAGUUAUCAACUCCAACCCCCUGCUCUUUUCGCAUAAAUUCGUUCUGCUCUUUCUCUUCGAAAUCGCAAUUGUUGCUUGAUGCCCUUUUAACGCGUGGGGUGCUUUUUAACUUUGCAAUGGACUCGUACAUUUUUACACUAGAAAAUGAGGCGCAAUCCUUUUAUUUCUUCAAUAGUUACAAUGGCACAGCAAAAGACUUUUACGUUAUGAAGAAUGGAAGUGACGAGUAUUUUGCAGUUAUCAAGGGUGAGAAAUUUAGGAUUCACCCUCCUGCUGGGAUCGAAGGAAAUUUCCUCGUCUCCUCAAACUUGCCAUUUCUAUUUGUGUCCGUUGAAAAGUCUUUUCAAAUUAUUAUUCCUGUACCUAUGUUACCAUUUGGAAAGUCGUACAAGUUUACUUUUGUCAAGACCACGUGUAAAGAUGAUCAUUUCAACAUUGAAGGCCAUGAUCGAGAGAUCGACCUUGCCAUCGUCUAU